AGAAGUUGGAAUGCGGUGCCUGGGCGCGCGCUUUGGGGUGGCUGUGGGUUCCCGUGUGGGUUGAGGGACGUGUGCCGCUAGCUUUACCCCUGCAGCCGGUCCCCACUCAACCCACUCAGCCCUCUCUCAGCUCCUGCUCGCCAUGGAGUCGCUGGCGUUACCCCGGCGUCCCAGUCCGGCUCCUUCAGCGGCCGCCGCCGCCCUGGCCGGCGGACUCAAGUCGCCCAAGCCGCUGAUGAAGAAGCAGGCAGUGAAGCGACACCACCACAAGCACAACCUGCGGCACCGCUACGAGUUCCUGGAGACCCUAGGCAAGGGCACCUACGGCAAAGUGAAGAAGGCGAGGGAGAACUCGGGGCGCCUGGUGGCCAUCAAGUCAAUCCGGAAAGACAAAAUCAAAGAUGAGCAAGAUCUGAUGCACAUUCGGCGAGAAAUUGAGAUCAUGUCAUCACUCAACCACCCCCACAUCAUUGCCAUCCAUGAAGUGUUCGAGAACAGCAGCAAGAUCGUGAUCGUCAUGGAGUACGCCGGCCGUGGCGACCUGUACGACUACAUCAGCGAGCGGCAGCGGCUCAGCGAGCGGGAUGCCCGGCACUUCUUCCGGCAGAUCGUCUCCGCCGUGCAAUACUGCCAUCAGAACGGGGUCGUCCACCGGGAUCUCAAGCUGGAGAACAUCCUCCUAGAUGCCAAUGGAAAUAUCAAGAUUGCUGACUUCGGCCUGUCCAACCUCUACCACCACGGCAAGCUCCUGCAGACGUUCUGCGGGAGCCCCCUGUACGCCUCGCCCGAGAUCGUCAAUGGGAAGCCCUACACGGGCCCAGAGGUGGACAGCUGGUCCCUGGGUGUUCUCCUGUACGUCCUGGUGCACGGCGCCAUGCCCUUCGACGGGCAGGACCACAAGACGCUGGUGAGGCAGAUCAGCAACGGGGCCUACCGGGAGCCGCCUAAACCCUCCGAUGCCUGUGGCCUGAUCCGGUGGCUGUUAAUGGUGAACCCCACCCGCCGGGCUACCCUGGACGAUGUGGCCAGUCACUGGUGGGUCAACUGGGGCUAUGCCACCCGUGUGGGGCAGCAGGAGGCCCUGCACGAGGGAGGACACCCUGGCAGUGACUCUGGCCGGGCCUCCAUGGCUGACUGGCUCCGGCGGUCCUCCCGCCCCCUCCUGGAGAACGGGGCCAAGGUAUGCAGCUUCUUCAAGCAGCAUGCGCCUGGAGGUGGGAGCAUGGCCCCCAGCCUGGAGCGCCAGCGUUCGCUCAAGAAGUCCCGCAAAGAGAAUGACAUGGCCCAGUCUCUGCAGGAGGACCCUGCUGAGGACACCUCCCCUCAUCCUAGCAAGGGCAACCUCAAGCUGCCAAAGGGCAUUCUGAAGAAGAAGGUUUCCGCCUCCUCUGAAUGGUCAGGGGAGGACUCUGAGGUCAGCCCGGCCCCUGGGAGCCCAGGGCAGGCUGCCCCUCCACUCCCCAGGAAGGGCAUCCUCAAGAAGUCUCGGCAGCGGGAAUCUGGCUACUACUCCUCUCCUGAACCCAGCGAGUCUGGGGAGCUCUUGGAUGCCGGGGAGGUGUUUAUGAGCGGGGACACUGUAGAGCAAAAGCCCCCCCAGGCCUCAGGGCUGCUGCUCCACCGCAAGGGCAUCCUCAAGCACAACGGCAAGUUCUCCCGCACAGCCCUGGAGCUCACAGACCCCGCUGCCUUCGGCUCCUUGAAUGAGCUGGCCUCGCCUUGCCCUCCAGCCCGGGCCAGCCGCCCCUCAGGGGCUGUGAGUGAGGACAGCAUCCUGUCCUCUGAGUCCUUUGACCAGCUGGACCUGCCUGAAUGGCUCCCUGAGCCCCUGCUGCGGGGCUGUGUGUCUGUGGACAACCUCACGGGGCUUGAGAAGCCCCCCUCGGAGGGCCCCGGGAGCAGGGGCCUGAGGCGCUGGAGGCAAGACUCCCUGGGGGAGAGCUGCUUCUCCCUGACGGACUGCCAGGAGGUGACAGAGACCUAUCGACAGGCACUGGGGGUCUGCUCAAAGCUCAGUUGAGGGGUGGGGGGCUUUGCCCCACCUGGACGGGCUCUAAGAUGCACCUGGCAACACCCCGAGGGGAGCCGCCUUUCCUCUGCCUCCUAGGACCAGCAUCCCAGCCCAGAAGGCUGAGAUGGUUUGCGAUUUAGCCCUGGGGAGGGCCGGAUAUAGGAAAAAUGGGCAAGUGAGAUGCAUUGGGGGUUCAACAUCUUCAGCCCUGUUGAA